AUGGUGAUAGGGUCUCGGCUAAGGGAAUCCAGCGUCAUCCUCCUCUGGGAUUGUACCGACUGGGACGUCGAGAUCUCACCCCAAUAGGCCUGAAGCUUCGCGUUCUGGGAAAUGGGAAUCCACACUGUGUUUAAAGGCUCUGGAUCCUGGCGGGGAGAGUAGCUAAGCUUAGGGGAUCAGGAGCCGCAGCAGUUUCCGGGUCCGGAACACCUAAUGGGCGCAUAUGCGCGGUCCGCGGGGUGCCGGGCUUGGCACCAGGACUCUUUGGCACCAGGAAGCACGCCCUGAGCGGCAGCGUGGGGCCGGGUGAAACGGGAGGGAGGACUUGGCUUGGCCCUCUCUGCUCUGAACCUCCUCUUCACCUGCGUUUAGAUGGCUCCCGCAAAGAAGGGUGGCGAGAAGAAGAAGGGCCGGUCCGCCAUCAACGAGGUGGUGACUCGAGAAUACACUAUCAAUAUUCACAAGCGCAUCCAUGGAGUGGGCUUCAAGAAGCGUGCCCCUCGGGCACUCAAAGAGAUCCGGAAAUUUGCCAUGAAAGAGAUGGGAACUCCAGAUGUGCGCAUUGAUACCAGGCUUAACAAAGCUGUCUGGGCCAAAGGCAUAAGGAAUGUCCCAUACCGUAUCCGUGUGCGGUUAUCCAGAAAACGCAAUGAAGAUGAAGAUUCACCAAACAAGCUCUAUACUUUGGUUACCUAUGUACCCGUUACUACUUUCAAAAGUAAGUUCCAUCCCAUAAAGCUGCUUAAAGUACAUUAUAAGAUACUCUUAGCUCUGUUUCAGCCUGAAUUCAUCUCUUUGGCAAAUAGGGAGUGACAGGUGUGGUCGUUACACCUUUUUGUAAAUUGCGUGUUGGUGUAAUAAGAUGUAACAGAAUACAUAAACUGGUCUGUAUUGGGUUUGUAAAAAGGUCGUGGGAAAUGGAAUGCUACUGUGUGCCCAGACUCGUCUAGAAAAGGUUUUGGGAGUGUUCAAAUAUGAAACGUGAUGUGGAUGUGGAAGUAAAAACUGUCACUUCUUUUGCAGAUCUACAGACAGUCAACGUGGAUGAGAACUAACUGGUGAUUGUCAGACAUACCAAAUAAAAUUAUAAAAU